UUCUUGCAUUUCGCAAUCUCCUGUAAGAGCGAAAAAAAGAAUCUGCUCUCUCUCUCUCUCUCCAUGAGGAGUGACUGGUCUACGAUGCAAUCUCACGUGCAACACGCUGUAGCCAUAUUAGGGUUUUCGAUUAAACGUCUUUAAAGUUUAAAGUCAUGAGGCUUUUCUCUUCAUAGGAAGGAGAUAAAAAGGCAACUUUGUUUGGCCUUUUGGUUUCUAGUACUUAGGCUUAUUCUGUUUUCUUUUGAGUUUUCUUGAAAGGAAACAAACACUUGCUGCCUAUCAUCUUCAGUCAUUUUAGCUUUCUUUCUUUCUUUCUUUCAAGAAUCUUUUUUCUUUUUCUUUUUCUGUCAACUUUUCUUUUAGAUAUGGCACUUGAAGCUGUUGUGUAUCCACAAGACCCAUUUGGUUAUGUCUACAAAGAUUGUUACAGUACUGGAGGAGCUUGGGUUGGCUAUCCUAAUGGUUUUGAUGACUUUCAAGAAAAUCAAGAUAUAGCUUUUCUUGGGAUUCUUGACAAUGGUAACAAUAUAGGGCAACAGAGUUUGCAAGCUAAUUGGGAUUCUUCUUCAUCUCCUUCUAUGAUUCAUCGACAUGCAAAAGAAUGGGAUCCUAAUUCUUCUUCACCUGAGACUUGCGCCGUUGAUCAACCCUUUCCUCCUACUAGUGCUGGAGUUCUCCAUCAUCCAUCAUUGGAAACACCGGCAGCCACCACUGGCCGGCGAAAGCGAAGACGAACUAAGAGCACUAAAAACAAAGAGGAAAUUGAGAACCAGAGAAUGACUCACAUUGCCGUUGAACGCAACCGGAGGAAGCAGAUGAAUGAGUAUCUUGCCGUGCUUAGGUCUCUUAUGCCACCUUCUUAUGUUCAAAGGGGUGACCAAGCAUCUAUAAUUGGAGGAGCCAUUAAUUUUGUGAAGGAGCUAGAGCAGCUGUUACAGACAAUGGAGGCCCACAAAAAGAGCAAGCAACAACAAACGGCUGCUGCUGACGUCAAUGCUUUAUCUUCACCAUUUGCAGAGUUCUUCACCUUCCCACAGUACUCAACAAGAGCAAGUCCGGCCACGGCGGAGGAAUCAGUGGCGGAUCAAAAUCAAUGGGCGGCUGCAGUUGCAGACAUAGAAGUUACUAUGGUGGAAAGCCAUGCCAAUCUUAAAAUACUUUCGAAGAAAAGACCUAGACAGCUCUUGAAGAUGGUGGCAGGCUUACAGGGCCUUAGACUCAGUGUUCUUCACCUCAAUGUCACUGCUGUUGAUCAAUUGGUGCUCUAUUCAGUUAGUGUUAAGGUUGAGGAAGGAUGCCAUCUGAACACUGUGGAUGAAAUCGCAGCUGCUGUUAAUCAAAUGCUACACACAUUUCAUGAAGAAGAGUCUGCUUUCAGCUGAAAUUUUCAAUUCUAAAACCCUAAUUUGGUUUUCUUUUGUAACUGGGGUUGUUUAAUUACCUCUCAUAAUGAAUUUAAGCUUUUCCCCCCUUAA